AUGGCAGCCGGCGGCGAUGCUACCGAGAUCAAGGAGCACUUCGUCCUUGUGCACGGCGCCGGCCACGGUGCCUGGUGCUGGUUCAGGCUUCUCCCCUUGCUCCGGGGCCACGGCCACCGCGUCUCCUGCGUCGACCUUGCAGGGGCAGCAGGCAGCCGCGUCGACCCUGGCACCGUCCGGUCGUUUGACGAGUACACCGCGCCGCUCGUCGACCUACUGGCUGCGCUGCCGGACGGCGAGAAGCACGGUAACAAAACUAACAUUAACAUAUUUCCUCAGGUGAUUUUGGUUGGGCACAGCGCGGGAGGGCUCAGCGUGACCCAUGCAAUGCAUCUAUUCAGCGACAGAAUCAAGCAGGCAAUCUUCAUAGCAGCAGCCAUGCUUCCUUUUGGCUUCGAAACAGAAGAAGACAUUAAAGAUGGCAUACCUGAUUUAUCUGAGCUUGGGGACGUGUUUGACCUCUCAUUUGGCCUGGGGCUGGAUCACCCGCCAACGAGUGUGGGACUGCGGGAGGAGUUCCAGCGGAGGAUCCUGUACGAGCAAAGCCCCCAAGAGGACUGUGCGCUUGCCUCCAUCCUGCUUCGUCCAUGGCCGGCUGCUCUGAGCGCAGCCAGGUUUGGGAAUGGCAAGAGGAGCACAAUCGACAAGGUGCGGCGCGUGUACAUAACAACGGCGAAGGAUACCAUGGUGAAGCUGGAGCAGCAGGAGGGAAUGAUCCGCCGUUGGCCGCCGAUUGAGGUGGUGGCCAUGGACACCGACCACAGCCCCUUCUUCUCUGCACCAGAGCAGCUCUUUCAGCUCAUCCUCAAGUCGCUGUGACCAGUUGUAUACACCAUGCAUGCUCGCUGGGCGAUGGCUAGCUGCUCCUGCCCUUGUAUUCGCCGGUCUUCGCUGUGCGAUGUUACAUGACAAUUGAGUUAAGCUCAGAUGUACAACACAUGAAUAUAGCAUGUUGAUACAUAUAAACAUAAUAUAUACUGCAUUU